GGGUCUCUGCAGUAUCACACAGAAUCGUGGGUUUACAAAGUGUCUCUUCCAUGGCAGAAAUAUUGUUUUGCGUUUUGCAAUAUGCUUCUAAGCCACUUAAAAGCACCCCUUUUUUCUUAUUUCUUUGUAGUCCUCUCUGGGUCUAGUACCCAGCCAUACAGGCAGUACUCCCCCAAACCUUGCUUUAAUUUGAUUAUGACCAGAUUUGCUGAUACGAUGAAUAUUUGAAAUGAUCCUUGUGUCUUAGUAACUGGGAUAAAUUUUCAGGCUCCUGUUUCCAAGGAUCCAAGAUGCAAGGGAAACAGGAGCUAAUUGGAGACUAAGUUCCUCUGGGCCCUUUCAGAGGCUUGGCUGGGUUCUGGUCAGGAAGUCGGAACCAUAAGAUCACAGACCCCUUUCUCUAACGCCCAAGGGCGCUGCAUUAAUUCAGCCCAACUCCUCCAGGCUGUGGUUGGAGUUGGGUACUUUCGCGCCUUUUACCAUUGCAUCUCCAGGCAUGUAGCCAUUAAAAAUAAACAAAUACAACAUGUAGGUGAUCCAAGUAAUUGGGGAACUGGGAGUAUGUGUUAUCUAACCGCCCCCCCCCCCCAACUUAACCUUAAUACCAUUCCGGAAGGCUCUUCUAUUUCAUAAGAAAAUAUGACAAUAAACAAGGUAAAUAGGGGCGGGGGAGUGGCUUUUCUUUGAUAGCGUUUAAUUGGAAUUGAAACAUUCUGGAGCUGUAAACAUUCUUUAUUUAUUCAGCACACAUAAGCGGGCAUUGUUUUAUCACCAUCAUAAUUAUGGUGUCCUUUAAACUGACUGAUAGCAGAAGAGAUAAGGGAAUGUGCCUGUGGCUUCAGAUCAAAUCGCUCGCUCGCUCUCUCCUCUCCCUGGGUCACCAGGAUCCACACAGUCCUUGGAGAUGAGGAACGCCGGAAGAUUGUGGCCUGGCCAUCCCUUACGUCAUGAAAGUGAUUUGUACCACAUUGCUAAUUUGGUGCAAUCCAUAACCUUCUGAUCUCCUAUGUUUGCAAUUGCUUUUCAGCUUGCAGAAUCUGUUUUUCCAGGAUACAGUCCUUGAAUAUAAAAAUGAAUACAGAGCACCUGCGUGUAAGAAAUAAUCUUAUUCCCCUCUGUUUGUUGCCUUACCUUUGUCUAAUUAAAAAACGCAAACUUUUAGGAUCCUUCCAGAACAAAGCCUCACCAAAUCCCCUUUACGUCCAAGGAUUUGCAAAUUUAUAAAGGCUGCAUUGAAUUCAGGAUGGGUCAAGGGGCAAAAAAAGGGUAGAAGGUCAGUGCAUUUUGAUUAUGGGUCAGUAGACAACAUGGCAUGCAGUAUGUGUCCAAAAACUCCUGUUAAAAACCUGUAUUUUAAAACAGCCAAGACUAUCAACAUCAAGUAAGACUGUUAUUUUGUGCUUUUUAUGCACCGUACAACGUUCUGGUGCAUAAGUAGUACAGCCAUGUAGAAAAUAAAACUUAAAAACGUGCAACAAUACCUCCUUGCUUUGUUUACAAAGAAAUAACUCACAGGCGUGAUGAUGCUAGAUAAAUUAUGCUAUGAUUUUUGGACUGUCAGCUGGGAUUUAUCUUCCACAUAUUUGACUAAUUUAGUUAUACCUUCUUAUUUUUGCUAACUUAGAAUUUACAACAAGUUUUAAGCACUACAGUCACACUGGGCCGGCUUUAAAAUAGCAGAAGGACCCUAUUAUAGUGUUCUUUGACCCUAUUAUAUUUACUUUACUGGACUCUUUGUGAUAGCCUCGCACUGUUUUCUGUCUGUAGCCUCUUUGAAGAAAAUAUGCAUAGUGAUAUCUAAAACAGUGCUAAGGUUAGAAAAUAUACUUCUCAUUUAAAUUAUAUAUUUCUACAUCAUGGCUCAUGAAAGGAAAAGGUUUAUUUAAUGCUUGUCAAUACCUGAAGAUACAGUCUGGCACUUAACAAAUAAUAAUAAAUAAUAAUACUCUAAUAAUGUGGCAAUCCUAGUGUGAAAAUGCACAUGACCCCGUAGGUUUUCCUGAAGGUUUUCAAAAGAAGUCUUUCCAUUAGUCCAACUGCUGCUGGAUAUUGCUGUUGCAUUUCCCAACUAAACGUUUAAAAGACUGUAAAUGGUGUGUGCAUUACUUAGCUCCAGAAGGAAGAGGUCAGGCUGAAUCGCAGUGGUAUUUAAACAUCAUCAUAAAAUGAAAAUAAAUCAGAACACAUCAAAAAGGAUUUUAAACGUUAUAUAUACGUCUUCUUUUUGUGAAGCGAUAUAGUUACACGUUUACUGCAAACCUGGAUCUUUUAACACGAGUUUACAAACAUCAAAGUAUGGAAUCUGUUGUAAGUAGGAAUAGGUCCACAGCAGCAUAUUAUUCAUAUUAUUUUCUACAGAGGUUUAUUCUUCGGCCAGCCAGUUGGCAAACUUAAAUACUACCUACGAGAGGGUGUAGAUUGCAGAUUGCACGCUACUCAUCGUGAAAAGGAGCACAUUUGAUUGAUAGCCUCCGUGUGUGUGCGUGUGUAUACACACGCAACUAUAUAUAGUUGCGUGUGUAUAUGUGUUUAGCAAAAUGGGCACUAUAGACGUUCUGUACUAAAGAAAUGUGAGACAAACAUCCAUCUUUUUAAUCGUGUUCAUCGUUGAUUUUAAGUGAGGCUGACACGGUCAACAAAAUUGCCAGACACUACCUUGCUUUUGAGAGAUAGCAAUAUAUACAGCUGGAUCUACACACGCGCGCGCGCGCGCACACACACACACACAUACACACACACCAAGUAAGUAAAUUAUUGCAUAACUUUUACUGUAAUUGAUAACAGACACCUUUAAUUUUUCAUUUUCAUUCUUUUGCCCUGCUUUCACAUUAAUAAUCUAAGCCAUAAAUGUUGGUAGCUAUUGAUCGCAAUCCCUUGUGUGCGUGGAAAUCCAUUUUAGAGUCCCCUGCCUUUAAUGGGUGUGUGCGUGCGUGCGUGUGCCAGGGGCCUCCGUCACAUCUCGCUAGCAGGAUCUACCCCCAAUGUGCCUGAAGAAGACCCCGGAUAUACAACGUGUGCUGAUGGCCCCAUGAAAGCUGCCUGGUUCAUUUUGCACAACAAAAUGAUGGAGAAGUUAAAGAAACAAAAGCGUCUGUGUGUGAUGUGGAGAAAGCCCUGCAACUGAAACUGUGUGUGUGUGAGUGUGUGUGAGUAUAUUGUGUACAUUUUGUGUGUGUGUGUGUGUAACGAUAUUGUGUACAUGUGUGUAUAUAUGUAUAACAUUUCCUAAAGACUUCUAGCUUUUUUUUCCUCUAUCAACAUUUGGCUCUGGCUAACCCCAGAAGCUCAUGGCUGUACCUUUCUGAAAAGAUAGGUUUGGCAAAAAGCCGCUACUAAGUUUAAAACAUUUGAUAGCGCCUGUAUUAAACAAACAAAAAGCAUGCAUUUUUUAAAUAGUUCCUGGAUCCCAUUGCCAGACUAUCAUCUGGAGUAAAAGAGAGUGUUUGGAUUUAAACAUGAGUCGAGGACAACCGAACUACCUGGCAAAGUAAUGACUUGUGAGCCCACCUUUUUUUCUGUAAUGUCUUCUUAAAAGCUUUCUCGGAGUUUACGGUUUCUUUACUGUUUGACUCCAUAGCCUUAACCUUAAAGCAGGGGGAGGAGAGCCGCGGGGAGGGGGUGGGGGUGCCAGCAGCAUAUAAGUGCAUCAGGAGGAAUUUUUAAACGACCUUAUUGUCUCUAGCUCUAGGAAGACUACGAUGAUUUCUUUUUAACACCAGCAGCUGUUUUCCCUCGAAACUUUGCUUUCAGCUAUAGAAUAUAACAUGAUGUCUCUUGUGCGAGCGAGAAAGAAAAAUGUACGCUGAUAGAUCCAGAUGCAGAGCAAAAGAAGGCUAACUCUGUGGAUGGUAUUAGCUGUGACGAGGCAUUGUUCACUGCUGCCUCUCGGUUACGUUUAAAGGCUGAAAUAUCACGAGAUCCAUUCAAUGAUCCUUUUCUAAUUCAAGGGACAAAAUGUAAUUUGCUCUAGCUCUGAUUUCUUGGAUGGGAAUACUAUCCUUAGAUUUCAAAGGGAAGAACUAGACAUCGUGGUUUGUACACACAUGGAUUAAGUUGAAGAGCGGCGAUUACAUCUGUGCUGAGAGCAACAGUAGUCUAGGGCUGACUUUUCAAAUCUCAGCCUUCCGAGUUAGAGGCUCUCCUAAAUAGACUUCCUUAAUUUCCGGCUGCACUUCUUGAAAUUCCCGGUUCUCUCCAGAAUUCCUGCGGACCUAGGGGCUGGGGGCAUCUCGCCUGCUCAUGCCAAACUGCUGAAAAUAUUUGAAAAAAAGGGGCUGCUGUUUUUAUUUAUUUGAGCUCUACCUGAUGGCGUAACACGAACUCCAUUCACCAUGUUGCCAGUAGAGAGAGUGGGAAAUCACACUUUGGACUUAGAAGAAAAUACAUAUUUUUUUAGACCUAGAAAUAUGAGCUGUUUUCUUAAUCACACGGAUGUGUCUAAUUUUGGACAAGCGAGGAACUCCUGCUAGACACAAAAGUGCUUGUGCUAUAUCUAGUUUUCAGUUGAAAACUGAUUAACGGCGGAUAGUUAGUUCUAUUUGCAGCGUUUGACAUGCAAACCGCAAACAUCAUUUUAAUUUAACAAGGAAGAGGUUUGCUGCUGUUGCAACAUUUUCGAAAUCAUUGCGCCUGACACUAAAAUAAUUGAACGUCACUAAGAAGAGGUUAAACCUUCAUGCUGCUUCUUCAAAUUGAUUUUUAAAAGGCUUGGUAUAAAUGGAACAUCAAAAGGCUGCAGAGGGGCUGCUCCACACCGACCGUGCACACUGCGAAGCAGGCGCAUCCUAGCCCAUUGCACAUUGUGCGUGGUAUGCCAGCACUUUUUUGUUAUUACGUAAAGCCUCUGGAAGCACCUUGGACAUUUUACAUUCUCCUUUCUCUGCUGGAAGUAAUCAGCACACAGGAAUCCUGACGCGGACUCCGGGACCAUAGGACAUUCCAGUUUGUGCUCCAGCACGGUUAAUUGUGAAAAGUGUAUCCAUUUCUGGCUUAUCUAUGCUUUGUUAUAGGUCUGACGUGAGUCCACGUCCUCCUCCCCCUCCCCCAGUAUUACAGGCAGAAUUUCAGUUAAAAGUGUUACAGUAUGACGGGGCUGGAACCCUCGAUAUGCAGGCAGCACCAAAAUAAAUACAAAAAAAAUUAGCCAUUGGCUGUAAAAAGACAAUUAAGCAGAAGAGGAAAAUCAAGAGAAACUCGAAAAACCAGGAUGCCUUGAGACAAAUACAGCAUCUGGCUGAGGAUUGUGUGUGUGUGGGUUUUUUUUUUCCUCCCUCCCUCUCUCUCUCUCUCUGCAAAUGCCGGGAAUAAUUUAAUUCGCGAAAUGGGAGACUUGAAGUCGGGUUUUGAAGAGGUGGAUGGCGUGAGGCUCGGCUACCUCAUCAUUAAAGGAAAGCAAAUGUUUGCACUCUCUCAGGUCUUCACAGACCUGCUCAAAAACAUCCCGAGAACCACCGUGCACAAGCGAAUGGAUCAUUUAAAAGUCAAAAAGCAUCACUGCGACCUGGAGGAGUUGAGGAAACUCAAAGCCAUCAACUCCAUCGCUUUCCACGCCGCCAAAUGCACGCUGAUUUCCAGGGAGGACGUCGAAGCCCUGUACACUUCCUGCAAGACCGAGCGAGUCCUCAAGACAAAACGGAGGAAAAUCAGCCGGGCCCUGGCAGGCGGCGAGCUCCGCGCCGAGCGCCCGGCCGCCGGCCCCUACUGCAGCCUCUGGGAGGACAACAAACUUUGGCUGGGCUUGAAGGACCCGGCUCGGCCGCUGCCAAUCAGGAGGAGAGCGCUGCGGGCCGGGGACCCGGGCUUGCCGCCGGCCUCCGAUCUACCUCACCUUUUUAGUAAAUACACUGGCCGCGGCUACGCGGAGGCGCCCGCCAAAGCCCCUCGGAACUAUGAGCCGGCGCCGCUCGGGGGCAGCUACGGGCCCUUCCGCGCCGAGCCGCCCUGCUUUCGGAGCGCGCUGUGCGGCAAGCACCCGGCCGCCGCCUACUACCAGCCCGCGGCCGCCAUUGCUCAGCCCCGGCUGGCGGCCACCGGCAGCCCCGUGGCCUUCGCGUACAGAUGCAAGAGGAAGCGGGCGGGCGAGGCGGCGCGGAAGGACUGCGUAUUUGGCGCCGCCGGCAGCGCCCGCCGGCUCCUGCUGCUGCCCCGGCCCGCGCGGCCCCGCGGCGCCCACAGGCUCCCCCUCUUCGCCGGCUUCGGCCCCGCGCCGCCGCCCCAGCCCCAGCCCCAGCCCCCGCCGCCACCGCCGCCGCCGAGCGGCUUCCCCGAGAGCUGCAGCAGCGACUCCGAGUCCAGCUCGUACUCGGAGCACGCGGCCAACGACUCGGACUUCGGCUCCAGCCUCUCCAGCACCAGCAACUCCGUGUCCUCGGAGGACGAGGACGAGGAAGACGAGGAGGACGAGGGCAGCGGCGCCUCGGACUCCAGCGAGCUCAGCUCCGAGGAGGAGGAGGAAGAGGAGGAGGAGGAGGACACCAGCUCCGACUCCGACUCCAGCUCGGGCUCCAGCCAGGUCUCGGUGCAGAGCAUCCGCUUCAGGCGCACCGCCUUCUGCAGCCCCCCCGGCCUGGCCCCGGCCAGCUUCUUGUACCACCUGGCCGCCGCCGCCCCGCGCCCGCCCGCCUGCGACGAGCCCGCCCGCCUGCCCGGCCUCGGCGCUGCCCCGUGCGGGGUCAAGUCUGAGGCGCCGGAGGACUGGGGCCAGCAGAGCUGGGCGCCGUCGGCCGCUCCCCCGUGCUGCGCCGCCGGCCUGGGGCCUCGCUUCACGGAGCUCCGGGAUGCUCGGGCCUCUGCCAUCGCCUUCCAGGCCAACGCGGCCCGCGGCCCGAAGCCCGGCGGCUGCUGCGGCUGCGGCACGAGGGGGGCCCCCUCACCUAGCCCAAAGACAAACAAUGCAUUUCCACAACAAAGAGCCCUCCGAGAGGCGCGGAGGUGCCUGCCCGCCGCUGCCCCGCACUGCGCAGACAACAAUGGCCUGGCCGCGCAGAUCGGCACUCCCGAGGCUUCGCCCGCCGCAGCACACGCCGGCGCGGAGCCGCACGUCCCGCCUUGCCUCGCCUCGGUCCCGGCCCCGGCCCCGGCCCCGGCCCCGGCCCCGGCCCCGGCUUUGCCCCCUCCGCACACUGAGCCCGGGGCCGCUGCGGCUGCUGCUGCCGCAGGGGCAGCGGCGGCAGCAGCAGCCGCGGAGCUCGAGUGCCCUGAGCCGGGCAAUAAGGCACUGCCGCUGCUGCACAACAUCCGCAUCAAGACCGAGGACAGCAGUGCCAGCGAAGAGUACGAACCUGACCUUACAGAGCAUAAGCUAAAGUGUGAGUGCAAUGAUCCCAAGGAUGAGUUUUACGGGGUGACUGAGAGUAAUAACCAGGACGCUUUAUUGCCAGCCAAGGACGAGCCUGCAUGCACUGAGAAGGAAACCACUUCCUUAAGCCCGCUGCUGACUCAGAGUCAGGCCCUCUCAUGCACUUUAGGGACUCCGAAGCCUGAGGACGGGGAGUAUAAAUUUGGAGCCAGGGUGAGAAAGAAUUACAGGACUUUGGUUUUGGGAAAGCGACCUGUGCUGCAGACUCCUCCAGUCAAACCAAAUCUGAAAUCCGCUAGAAGCCCACGUCCUACAGGUAAAAUUGAGACACAUGAAGGAACACUGGAUGAUUUUACAGUUACCAAUAGACGCAAAAGGGUAGCCAGCAAUGUAGCAUCAGCAGUGAAAAGGCCGUUUAAUUUCAUGGCAAAUUUUCCCUGUCCACCGUCACUAAUUAUUGGCACUGAUGGGGAUUUGUUGCCAGCUUAUUCCUUAAACACCACUAAGGAUUCCCAACCACCUCACAAGGCCCAUCCUGUAUGGAAAUGGCAGUUGGGCGGUUCUGCAAUACCUCUUCCACCCAGCCACAAAUUCAGGAAAUUUAAUUAAUAAAAUGGUUUGAAAAAUAUUUUCUUGAACCACCUUUACCUUUCUUAUGUUUUAAACUCUGCAGGAUGGUUUGUACAAGCCCAUUAAUGCUAUACACACGUUUGGAGUCCUGUUUGAUCACAUUGUGACGACAGAAAUCGGAUUACUAUUUUUGUUGCCAUUACGACAGGCUUUUUUUUUCUUUCGGGUUUUUUGGAGGGGGGGCGGUUACAUUCCACAGAGUACUUCAGGCUAAAGACUCAAGUUAAACUCAGUUAUUAUGGUAGAGCUGGAACACUUUACUGUUUAAAUGCUGAUAAUGCACCAGUACCUCAAUUCAACUGCUUCAAAUAAAUGUCAAAAGGUUGAAUAAUAAAUAUUAGAAUGAGCCAUUAAAUUUAUGCACUAGAUUUCGAAAAUGGAAGUCUAACUGUUAAUUCAGUUAAAGUUUAAGUUACAUGGUUGCACAGUAAGGGUUCACUAUAAUUCAAUGUGGCAGGAGUCUGUACUUUUCGGGAGCUUUGUUUUUGGGUGUAGGGGUGUCUUUUGAUAAGAGCAGUUGCACUUACUAAAUUUUCUCUGGUUUGGAGAGGUUCGGGUUCGAAUACCACUCGAGCACUGGAAAAAGCUGCCUCAUCUAAAACUAGCCAAUAAAUAUGGAAUUAUAUUUUUGGUAAAGGGUGUCUUUUUACUUGAACAGCCACUCUUUGCAAUUGGAAAGCCUUUUUGUUUCACCCAAAGGUCUUAAAUAAGGUUACUGUUACUCACUAAUGUCAUAUUUAAGUUGUAGUCUGAACAUGCCCUUACAAACUUGCAAAGCAGCUCAAAGAUUUGCCUGCAUAGCAGUACAAUUUAUGGUCCAGCCCUUCACACUCGACGGAGGAAAUAGCAAAGCAGUAAAUACAGCACAGAAAGUGAAACGAGAGGCCGUGAGCGGGAAGAAUACACAAAACGAGAAUGCCACGGUAUUCAUAGCUUUUUGGCACCAAAACUCAGGCAUUUGAACCAUAGUCCACUUAUCUGCAUCGUUGGAAACUUGAGUUUUCCUCAUAUCAUCCUAUCUAUGUAGCAGGAGCAUUUUUACUGCACGUGACAAUCAGAGGCAAUGAUCUAUAUUUGCACUUAAUAUCGAAAUAGUUGAAGAGGCAGACUUCUAGAGUCUUGGCCUCAGUAAGACAUGUUGGUAUAAUAUGUUGUGAUGAUGGAAGCAGUAAAUCAAAAUUAUGGACAUUUGCACUGUUGGAAAGCAUGCUUUAGCUUUAUUUUUCAAUUAAAAACACUGUUUAAAAAUU